CAGCAGUAGUACGCCAGCACGAUUGCCGCCAUCAUACGCGAUCAGCAGGCCAGCAGUGCAGCGGUGUCCGGUCAGGACGUAGUAACCAGCGCCAACCAACCGCCGUCCACCGCCGCUGCAGCCAUCUUUGCCGCCGCCGCCAUGAAGCUUCUACCGAUCCCGCUCUCCCCGCUUAAUGCGCCCCCACCACUAGGCCUGUGGAACUCAGAACUGCUCUGGCGUUAUCCGCCAGCACCGCCAAGCCCGCUGGCCGAUCUAAAAACACAACUUCCACCCCAGCUAAACACGGACCCACGCAUCUGGGGCCGCGAUGAGGUCGUAGUUUUCCUGCGCUUCUGCGAACGGGAGUUCGAUCUGCCCAAGUUCGAUCUUGAUCUCUUUCAAAUGAAUGGCAAAGCGCUAUGCGUGCUCACAAAAAACGAUCUGGCCGAGCGCAGUCCCGGCGCAGGAGAUGUGCUACACAACGUGCUACAGAUGUUGAUCCGCGAUGCACAGACGCUUCAUCGGCACCUGCCAAGCAGUCCGGUUACACCGACCGGUCGCUAUCCGCUCUCACCGCACAGCCACCCGCCAACCCCGAACUGGAGUGCCCUAGCGCCGCCAGACAGUCCCUUCUUCCACAGUUCGCACCUGCAGCAGUUUAUGGCCGCUUCUAACUCGGUCACACUCAGUCCGGCCCCAUCGAUCGAUUCACAGGCCGGCAGUCCGCCCUCACAAAGCCAUGCCGAGCAGAACGUGUUCCAGCAGCAGCAGCCGACAAAGUCCUCCGGAGCUAGUUCAUCUUCGUCGUCCUCUGCCUCGUCAACGAACGGAAGUGCAGGGAGUGGCGGUAGUGCUAACGGAAACGGUACCGGUCCGAGCAGCAAUGGAGCUGCGGCCACCAACGGGAGCAACAGUCUCAUCAGCAGUAGCAGCAGCAGCAGUGCGGCCAGUAGUACCAGCAGCAGCGUUAGCAAUCAAUCCGACUCGGACGAGGAUAAUGGAACGGUAGGCAAUGGUUCCGGCGCAACCUCGACUACCGGAAACGGUUCCACCGGAAACGGAUUCCAUCCCCUGCCACUAUCGCACCCGGACAGCAAACUGCCCCUGAUUGCAACGCAUCCACCCCAGCAAAGCCCACCAUUGACACCGAUCUCGAAGGAAACGCAACAUCUUGGACAGUUACAGCUGCUCGACACGAAAACGCUCCAGUAUCCGGUAUCUUCGUUGCUAAACGGUUCCAGCUCGAAUGGAGCAUCGGCAUCGCGCGAUCGGGACUCAUCCUCGUCGGUUGGAGGAUCUGCGUCGAGUGCGUCCUCGAAUGCAGCAGCGGCCGCAGCAGCUAUGGCAGCGGCCGUCCUCGGUCUGAAGGGAGCUUCCAAUGGGAAUGGAUCAUCCGGUUCGUCUGGAUCUAACUCGGCGCCAAGCACUCCGGGAGCGUUCCUGCCAGUCAAGCGCGAGUUCUUCCCAGACAGUCCGGAACCAAAUACAAUUUCGUCCGGUUCGCUUUCAGACGGCCGCCUGCUGUGGGACUUCUUGCAGCAGCUGCUGAACGAUCCGAGCCAGCGGUACAGUAGCUACAUCGCGUGGAAAUGUCGCGAUACGGGCGUGUUCAAGAUCGUCGAUCCGGCCGGUUUGGCCAAGCUGUGGGGCAAACAGAAGAACCAUCUCUCGAUGAACUACGACAAGAUGUCGCGUGCGUUACGCUACUACUAUCGCGUCAAUAUCCUGCGGAAAGUGCAGGGUGAACGGCACUGCUACCAAUUUCUCCGCAAUCCGACCGAGCUGAAAAGCAUCAAAAACAUCUCACUGCUACGUCAAACGAUGGCAGCUAGCCAGGCGGCAGCAGCUGCCGCCGCCGCACAGUCCGGAACCGGAAGCGAACGUAAUGGAACUGAUCGAGGAGGGUCAUCGUCUGCCAGCAAUGGUUCGGCCGGAGGUAAUCCGCUUAUGUCGCUUCUACCGAACGGUGCCAACAUACAUCAUCUGGCUGCCGCAGCGGCCGCCGCUGCCGCUUCCCAAAAUGGACCCCUGUCGCCUUCAUCCUCUUCCUCAUCCUCAUCGCCAUCAUCCCUCCACCAUCAUCAUCUGCAGCAGCAGCAGCAACAACAGCAGCAGCAACAGGCAGCAGCAGCACUCCAUUCGCAUCAUCUCGCAGUACAAAAUGGCGCUGGGUCGGGUGUGCAUCAUCGCAGCAUUAAGAUGGAAACCGACCUAGACGACCUCAAACCAACCGAUCUCAGUACGAACGAUCGCAAGUUUAGCUACGGUUCGCCGGUCAGUGGAACCGAUUGCUAUCCACUGAUUCGAAAUGCUAACGGACUGACCACUAUUCAGCUGCUCCGACAGCAGCAGCAGCAGCAGCAACAAUCAGAAUCCGGAUCGCCACCAUCCUCACCAACGCCUCUGUCGAUCAAUUCGCAAUCGUUGCACACGAUCAGCAGCAACUUGCACCAUCUGCAUCAGCAGCAGUUGCAGGCACAGGCAGCGGCAGCGGCUGCCAUUGCGGCAGCUGCAGAAGCCCGCCACCAGCAGGACGAACAGCAGGAUCACCCCCACCAUCAUCUUCAGCAUCCGCACCACCAUCAUCAUCGGUCAGCGCGGAACGGUAGUCGGAGCAGCAGUACGAGCGGUACGAGUGAGCACGAUCAUCGGGAACCGCAUGAUCGGGACCGUGAUACACCGUCCCCUGCCAACAGUGAAUCGUCCUCCCAUCCUGCUGUACCAUCGUCCCAGCAACAGCAGCAACAGCACCAUCACAUGCACGUGAAAAGCGACGACGACAGUAUGAUGCCGACGGAUCUGAGCAAAUCUGAACCGAUGUACUACAAGUGAGUGAGCACCAGGGUGGGGGACG